AUGCAAAAAUCCAAUUUAAGACAAAGGCCUAAAACAGUCAAAUUCAAGAUUCCCCAAACUGAACAGCAUUUUCAGAUCGAAAGGCCACUUUCAGAUCGCUUUUCCACGUGGGAAACGGUGCAAACGUUCUUACCGCAUGACAAAGUAUCUAUGGAACCCGCAAACAAGCAUGAGUCUGACGUGUUAAACGCAUAUGGCCUUCAACCCGACGACCUUCUCAUUGUACCCCCCCUUAAAAAUCUUCCUAGCCCUUUUGACUACCACUCCAAAAUCAAUGGAGACAAGAGUUAUGUUCACCAACCGAGGCUUUCGGUAUCAAAGUUGUUGACAGAUGCAUGGUGUGAGUUGAGAAGCUUUUAUGAAAUUUAUGCGGGGCUGCCUCGUACAAGCCCUCUGCCGACGAUGAAAACUGGCACUGAAUAUCACGCAAGAUUGGAGCUAAAAGCUCACCCAAAACGAGAAGUUGUGACGCUUAAAACACAAAUCAUAUUGUUGUUGUCGAAAUUAUCCCCCGAAGUUCGAAAUGAGCAUGUAAGAACACGACAUGGCAGUUCCUUCGCACAGAACUGGAUGGAACAAACUGUGUAUCGCUCUAUCUGCGCGAGUCAUACCAAAGUGGUAAGAGAACUAUUCAUUCAUGGAUUUUUAGACUUGAAGCUGGGUAAUCUUGUAACUAGUCAGACGAAAUUACGCGAUGGGGUUCUCGUCAAUGGUAUUGCGGAUAUCGUUAGAAUCGACGCUUUUAACGCGGUAGAAUACAUCAAUGACGCAGGGUUGUCGAGUCCAUUGCAUGAAAGCCUGGUUGAAAGUUUGCCAGACGGAAGUACUGAAUUUUCUCUGACUCCUGUUCUUGACCUUUCUGUUGAGAUACCUAAAGCCAAGAAAUUUAUGACUAAUUUGGCCCGUGAUAACUUUUUGCACAUGAGGGAUGUCAAAACCAGAAAGCUGAAUACUGUUCCUAACCAGGUUCUGGCAGUCAAUGCCGCCAAAUUGCAGUGCAUGUACUACGCAAUAUUUCUACACAACCUUUCGAGGAGCGCAGAAUUUGCGUAUGCGAGUUGCUUGGAAAAUCUAAAAACAAGAAGAAUCGACCCUGAUGAGCCCAUCAGCAUCGCGUUGGCAACCGAAUUUCUCGUCGUCAAUUUCAGAGUAGUUGCAUUGGAUUGCGUGCGCUUAGCCAAAGGCCAGCAUAUUGGCUUCCAGAAAUUCGACGAGUAUGCUCAUAGACUGCUGGAUUACUCUCUUUCUCACUUUGUUACGGAAGAUGAAUUCCGGCUUCUAAUGAAGAUUCAUUACGGUGAGGAAUUAGAUAUAAGUGACUUUGAUUUGACGCCGUUAUUCACCAAUUGGAAAAUACCCCUCACGCUUCGGUAUGUUUCUGCUCGGACAGGUCAGGCAUUCAAUAUUUAUGAAGCGUUCGAGCCAUCUUCCGUUUGUGUGGAAUACCACAACCCGCUGAAACAGGAGAUUAUAGCUCGCAUGCAUUACCCGUUUGACAGGAAUGAAAUUGAGCAGUCUGUCGAGCAGUCAGUAAUGAAUGAACUACGACGUACAAAGAUGUUAGACGCCAUCAAAGGUAAUACCACACUGGUCUAUGGCACCACCUCUGCAGACUUCUGGACACAAGUGCCAACUAACUAA